AUGGAUAUCAAGCAGAUUGAGGCUUUAUCCUCCGUCAUCUCAUCUUCAGUCGCUCAGCUGAAGCAGCUCCAAAGCUCGCUCAAAACGACGGAGCACACUGCCGCUACCACCAAGGCCGAGUUCUUGAAGCCGUCGUUGGAAGUUGUGGCUGCAGCGUCGCAGCUCAUUGCGUUAGUGCGCACGCCAGAACGAUAUCUGAUGGAUAUGUCUACCGCGCAUCAAUUGAGUGCGUCGCUUCGUGUAGUGGUUGAGACACACGUAGUGGAGAUCUUGCGCGACAAGGGCAAGGGUCUCAAAAAGGCGCUGAGCGCAGAGGAGAUCGGUGCAUACAACCAUGUUAACCACCUCAAACUCGCCAGAGUUCUUCGUCUGCUUGCUACGCACCAUGUCUUCGACGAAGUGACUCCUAAUGUCUUCGCCAACAACGCCAUCUCCAAUGCUCUGGACACAGGCAAGUCCCUCGCUGAGCUCGAGGCAAGCCCAGACGAGAAGUAUGACGGUAGCAAUGGAAUCGCCGCCCUCGUCGGUAUUUUCUCUGAUGAGACGUUCCAUAAUGCUGUCUGCACAGCAGACAUCUUGAAGGAUCCUCAGACAACGAACUCCUUCUCGCCCUACGAUGCACCGUUCGCCUUGGCAUGGCCCGGCACUCGAAACAUCGCAAUGUAUGACUGGCUCAACCUUCCUGAGAACAACUAUCGCAAGAAACGAUUCGGUAUGGGAAUGCACGGCAUGAACAGCAUGACACCUUCAGAUGCGAUCUUGCGUGGCUUCGACUGGUCUAGCCUUCCUCCCGGAAGUAUCGUCGUUGACUGUGGAGGCGGUGUCGGCUCUGUGUCCCUGCCCAUCGUCCAGACAUGCCCGCAGAUACACCUCAUUGUUCAAGAUACUGCGCCUGUCGUUGCUGAAGGGCCUACUUUCUGGCAAGCGAACCAGCCCCAAGCUCUUGCACAAGGACGUGUGACCUUCCAAGGACACAAUUUCUUCGAGCCUCAGCCCGCUGAGAACAAGAACAUCUCUGUGUUCCUACUACGGAUGAUCAUGCACAACUGGCCCGAUGCAGAGUGCAUCAAAAUCUUGAAGAAUGUACGCAACAGCUGCACGAGGGAUACUCGCAUCGUCAUCGUCGACAACAUCAUGCUGUUCGCGUCUCGUUCGCAAGAGAUCGCAGGCCAGGAGACCGGCACCUCUGACCCCGAUGCCCUCGCGCCUGAGCCGCUGCUCGCCAACUGGGGUGUCGCCAACUCCCUCUCGUACAAGCAAGAUCUCAACAUGCUGAGCAACCACAAUGCGUGCGAGCGGACAGUGCCAGAGUUUGCGUCUCUGCUUUCGCAAGCCAACUUCCGCAUCGUCGAGGUGCAUCAAGCGCACCAGAGUUGGCUGCCGCAGGUCGUGGCCGUCCCCAUCUGA